AUGACGUUCCCCAAAUUGGGUGCUCGCCACAUCCAAAAUAUGAGCGCCGCCACGUCGUUGGAGCCCCAUUGGGGAUAUUACGACCGGGCGCUGCCCUGCACAAACGACGCAGGCUCAUGUGCCUAUUUAGAUGAUGUCUAUUACUCCCAUGACCGGGGAAUGCUCUACUCCGGCAUCAUGUGGUGUGUGAUUGGGGCGAUUCUUCUCAGUUGGGUUGUUCUGAAGCAAUUUGGCACACCAAUGUCACCAGCGAUGGCUACACCAGCGCCAGUCGGACUAUCAAAAGUCCAGCGAGCUGCUUCAUCAUUCACCCGGAGAUAUCUUCUCCCUGAUGCGGCUCGGAUGAUUUUUGGACGGACUACCCGUCUGCAGGUGCUCAUUCUCGCCCUGCUAGCGGGAUACCUACUCAUUUUCAGCUUUGUGGGCAUCGUAUAUAACACCUGGGUUACCCCCGUGUCGGAUAUGCCCGGGGUAUACAACACCCGCAACAGCAUCGGUCCAUGGUCAGACCGUGUAGGCACCCUAGCCUACGCCCUUACUCCACUCUCCGUCCUGCUGAGCAGUCGGGAGUCUUUCCUUUCUCUUAUCACUGGCCUGCCAUACCAGAGCUUCAACUUCAUGCACCGCUGGCUCGGUUACAUCAUUUUCCUGCAGAGCUCCCUCCACACAAUCGGCUGGUGUGUAGUCGAGCUCCGGCUCUACCAACCCCAGCCAUCCGUUGGCCUCGAGUGGGUCAAACAGACCUACAUGGUUUGGGGCAUCGUCGCCAUGAUCCUCUUGCUCCUGCUCUUCGCACUCAGCACCCCCUGGGGAAUCAGGCUCACCGGCUACGAGACCUUCCGCAAGUUACACUACAUCCUCGCGAUGGUCUACAUCGGCGCAUGCUGGGGCCACUGGAAACAGCUAAAGUGUUUCCUCUGGCCAUCUCUGAUCUUCUGGUUCCUCGACCGCGGCGCUCGGUUGGUCCGAACCGCCAUCCUCCAUUACCACCCCGAACACUCCAGCACGCUGGGUCUCGGCUUCAAAGCCGCAGACGCAACAAUCACCCGCUUCCCAGACGAGGAACACGGCGACGUCAUCCGCCUCGACUUGGACAACAACCAAGACCCCUGGGCCAUCGGCCAACACUACUACCUAUGCUUCACGCAAUGCAGCAUCUGGCAAUCCCACCCCUUCACGCCGCUCAACCUCCCAACCGUCUCGAAGGGCACAGUGAAACACACCUAUCUCCUCCGUGCCAAAGGCGGGGAAACGAAAAAGGUCGCCGCCCUCGCCGCAAAGGGUAACACCACUAUGCCUAUCAUCCUAACAGGCGCCUACGGCGAAGAGAUCACCACCUCCUUAACACCAAACACAAAUAUCCUCUGCGUUGCCGGUGGAACGGGGAUCACCUAUGUCCUCCCUGUCCUCCUGGAACUGGCACAACAACCCCGCUCCGCAGACCGCAAGGUCGAACUGAUCUGGGCCAUUCGCCACUCAUCAAAUACAGAGUGGAUCAGCGCUGAAUUGGAUAGCCUCCAAAAAGUACGGAAAGAAUUGAAUCUUGAGAUUAAAAUAUUCGCUACGCGAGACUCAAGUAGCAAGACUCCCUCGCUAGACGACUCGGAGAAUUGCAAUCUAUCCGUUGCUGUCAGCCCAGCUAAGGUCGAGGUUGACGAGAAGGCCGUGCAGGUCUCGCCUUCUUCGUCGUCCGAGUCUGGCUGUUGCGGAUGUGACAAACCAACUGCCAUUGAGCGGCUUGGUGGUGCAGCCGAAGAUGUUAAUAGACAUCCUAAUUUGCCUGUGCUUGUUAACUCUUUCCUUGAGGAGACGGUGCGUGGUCCGACUAGUGUUUUUGCUAGUGGGCCUGGUGGCAUGAUCAGUGAUCUCAGGGAUAUUGUCGCUUCUUGUAACUCUGGUUCGAGAGUUUGGAGGGGAUUGGAGAGGUUUGAUGUUAAGCUAGUUUGUGAUGAUCGGUUAGAGUGGUGA